AAAUAAAAAUAUAAUUUUUUGGAAAAGGAAACGCCGGUUAGAAUAGACGACUUACACACACACACAUUCCUAGACCGCGCGACGUGAAAUCGUUUAUGGAAAGACAACUAAAAUGGAGCAUGUAAAUUCCUAGACCCCACGACGUGAAAUCGUUUAUGGAAAAGACAACUUUCUCCGUAAUCUCGUCCUCCGUCGCUAACCGCGCACGGCAACAGUUGGGUUCUGUUUUAAGACAGUAGCAGGAAUGAACAAGUGAAGAAGUGGCGGGUGAUCGGAAGUUAAGGCUGAGAUGGAUGACGAGUUCCCUCCUCCCGUCAAGUUGGUGAAUUUCGUCUCCGAGGAACAGUUGAAUACUGCUAGGAAAACAAGGGGUGAACGAGUUGAAGAUGGCACCGCUCAGAGAGACCGCCCUCUUUUUGAGAUACUAAAGGAGAAUAAGGACAAGCGAGAUGCAGAAUUUAAUGAACGGUUCAAACACAGACCACCCAAAGCUUUGGAUGAAGAUGAGACUGAGUUUCUAGAGAAGCUAGAAAUGUCAAAGAGGGAAUAUGAGCGGCAACUGGCAGCUGAUGAAGCCCAACAACUACGGAGUUUUCAAGUAGCAGUGGCAGCUCAAGCUACAGUUGUGCAUGAACUCAAGGAAACACCUCCUGUUUCUGAAGUCCAGGAACAAAAGUUAGCUGGAAGGAAGCAUCCAAUGGCUCGUCCACCGCCGGGUAUGAUUAUUAAAGUUAAGCCCCAAGCAAAGAAAGCCAAGUUGGACCUGCCCAGUUUGGAAGAACCACAACCUUCAGACCGGGUGAAAACGCAGGCUGUUGAAACUGAAAAACCUAAUGGCAAUUCCAACGAGUCCCAUGAUGUUGCUAAAACGGGUCUGGUUUCAUAUAGUGAUGAAAGUGAAGAUGAUGAUUAGUAGUUUCUCACUUUUAACUAUCAGUAGCAUUUUCAGUGAUUGAUCAAUCUUGUCUAAUUUUUUUUUUCUCUUAAUUUGUGUUCUGCUAUUCUCUCAAUGAUAUAUUUAGGCUCCUUUUGAAUCUA